AUGUCGGUGUCCCCCGUGAAGCGGCAGAAGAUGGAGUCGGUGCUGGACCAACUCAAGCACCACACCACGGUGGUGGCCGACACCGGGGACUUCAACGCAAUUGAUGAAUACAAGCCCCUGGAUGCCACCACAAACCCAUCCCUGAUCCUGGCUGCUGCUCAGAUGCCAGCUUACCAAAAACUUGUGGAUGAUGCUGUUGCCUAUGGCAAAAAGCUUGGUGGGUCAGAAGAGGAACAGAUCAAAAAUGCCUGUGACAAACUUUUUGUACUAUUUGGAGCUGAAAUACUAAAGAGGAUACCUGGCCGUGUGUCCACUGAAGUAGAUGCAAGGUUGUCCUUUGAUAAGGAAGGAAUGAUCCAAAGGGCCAGGCGCCUGAUUGACCUCUACAAGGAAGCAGGAAUCAGUAAAGAGCGAAUUCUCAUCAAGCUCUCUUCAACCUGGGAAGGAAUCCAGGCUGGCAAGGUCCUGGAAGCAGAGUAUGGGAUUCACUGCAACAUGACCUUGCUGUUCUCCUUCGCUCAGGCAGUUGCCUGUGCUGAAGCUGGAGUCACUCUGAUCUCCCCGUUCGUAGGCCGGAUCCUGGACUGGUAUGUUGCAAAUGGAGAGAAGAAAAGCUAUGAGCCAUCAGAGGACCCAGGUGUGAAGAGUGUCACAAAGAUCUACAACUACUACAAAAAGUUUGGCUACAAAACCAUCGUGAUGGGUGCUUCGUUUCGAAACACAGGAGAAAUAAAAGCCCUGACAGGCUGUGACUAUCUCACCAUUUCACCCAAGCUGUUGGCAGAGCUCAGCAAAGAGUAUGUCAAGUUAACUCCCACGCUCAGUGUCAAAGAGGCUCAGGCAUGUGAGCUCGAGAAGAUCCACCUGGAUGAGAAGGCCUUCCGCUGGCACCACAAUGAAGACCAAAUGGCUGUGGAGAAAUUGUCUGAUGGGAUCAGAAAGUUUGCUGCAGAUGCGAUAAAGCUGGAGAGGAUGUUAAAGGAGCAAAUGUUCAGUGCUGAAAAUGGAAAGUAGGAGAAAUCCCAAUUUUCCUGAGCUGCUCAAGGCUGGAUUUGAGUGGAUCACCCUCCAAUUAAAUUGGAUGUACAAACGUCU